AUGUAUGUCCCUGCUUAUGGAAUGGCCAGUAUCGUUUGCAUUUUACCUCUACCCACCUUCACCCUAUGGCGAUUCCUUUCAUCAGUAGCUGUCAUCGGAGGAACUCUUCUGAUGUUGUUCCUUGCAUGGACAUUUCACGGUCUCGAAAAUGCCGAUGGUUUAGAACUACAUGAGGCCAAGAACUUGUUACCAGUACGUCUAACUUUCAUUCACGAUUUACAAUAUCAUCGGAUGGUUCUUUACAGCCCCUACCACAAGCAUAGCCUCUGA